AUGGCCAUGCACUCCGCCUCCGUCGUCCCCAGCUUCUACAGCUUCUUCUUCAAGAACCUCGAUCCGCUCAUCGCGCUCUGGGGCGUCUACCUCAACUUUGUGGACCCGGACGCCGCUGUCAAGGCAUCCGCGCCGGCCUCUGCGUACGACCCGCGCCAGGUCUUCCUCUUCCACCAGGCGGGCGGCCUCGCGCUAGCCGUCGCCGUCGUGUCGGCCAUCCUGCCCCGUUAUUCCCAGGAUCUGGGCGUGUGGCGCAUCGUACAGUUUGCCCUGCUCCUCUCGGACGUGGCGGGCCUGAGCGGCAUCUACCACUCGCUGGCCAAUCAAGGCCGCCUUGGUCCGGCCGCCUGGACCUCUGACGACAAGGGCCUCGCGGGUAGCUACCUUUUGCUCACCGUCGUCCGAGCGCUGUUUCUUCUGGGCGUCGGCUUUGGGAAACCAGUAGCGGGAAAGAAUCCUCAACAAGCUAACAAGGAUCGAAGGACCCAUGAGGAGAGCCUGCAGACUUGGCUCGUGUUUGACGGAUUGGAUACAUUCGCAACGGUAAAAUUUUGUGAUGAAAUCAUUGGCAGCACCAACAAUCAAUUCCGCCAAUGGAAAUUUGACAUUACAUCAGACCUGGCAGGUUGUAAAGGCGAACCCAUCCUGAGCAUCAACUUUGGAAGUGCGCCCCAUAUUGCCAACGCAAAAAAUGCCAGCGAGCCACAGCCAUGGUCAAAGGAUCUCGUGGCAGCAUGGACCUUUGAGGUCCCCAAUAGAAACUUCGUGAGAAAGCAGCAGUCUGACUUUGGAUGGGAUUGGAGUCCUGCAUUCACUCCUGCAGGGCCAUGGAAAAGUGGCCGAAUUGUCCAGAUUCGGAAUGAAGAUAAUGUACAUGCGGUGAACACUGUCAUUGACGUUUAUCGCCAAGGCCAGACCAAUAAUUUUGCUCCGCAUCAAAACAAGCCCUGGGUGGUCAACGCGAGCAUCGACUACAUUGGGAACCUGCCAAACGAUGCUUACAUUGACGCCACCAUUGGCAGUGCUUCAAACGACUCCUCUGUUAUCUUUCGCGGAAGACUGUUGAACAUUGAGAGGUCGCAAGAUACCCUCAGCGGCAGCAUCGAAAUUGACAGCUCAACACCGAAGCUGUGGUGGCCAAAUGGCAUGGGCGAUCAAUGCCUGUACACGAUCCAGCUCGAGGUACGGAGCAAAAACAGUUCCGCAGCAUUAGUGACUUCCACUCGUCGGUUUGGAUUUAGAACCAUUCUUCUCAGCACCGGAGCCACGAGCGCCGACGAGAUUGCGGAUGGAAAGCAGCCCGGAAACGACUGGCAUUUCGAGAUGAAUGGACAUCAAUUCUAUGUCAAAGGGGCUAGUAUCGUACCACCGGAUGUGUUCUGGCCGCGAACAGACAUCAAACAGAUGAGCGAUAUGUUUGACGCCAUUCAGCACCAAAACUUCAACAUGCUUCGGGUCUGGUCAUCGGGCUCCUACCUCCCCGAUUUCAUCUAUGACAUUGCUGAUGAGCGUGGCAUAUUGUUAUGGAGUGAAUUUCAGUUUGGAGAUGCGCUGUAUCCAGACGACGAGCAGUUCAUCGACAACGUGCGGAGAGAGGCGACCGAGAAUGUUCGUCGUGUGAACCAUCAUCCAUCAUUGGCAUGCUGGGCCGGUGGCAACGAGAUUGAGAAUGUCGUGCUCCCAAUCUCAGGCAUCGCCGACAAAGACAAUUUUUUGCUCUACGUGGGUCAAUAUGAGCAUCUCUACAUCGAUACUCUCUUCCGAGUCGUGGCGGCCAAUACCCGAUCAAUUUCCUACACCCCUUCGAGCGGCAACAACGGAUGGACAAGAAUCGACAUGAGUUUACCGGUCCCCAUGGUCCAAGUAUACGAAAACAAGACAAAGGACUAUAUUUAUGGAGACACGGAACAUUACAAUUACUCGGCCGUUUCUGCCUUUGACGAAGACUCCUACCCAGUCGGCCGUUUCGCAGCCGAGUUUGGUUUCCACAGCAUGCCUAGCUUGGAAACGUGGAGAGACGCUAUUGAUGAAGAGGAUUUACACUUUAAUUCGUCCGUCAUUCUGUCUAGGAACCAUCACUAUCCGCCUGGUGGUCUGGUUGCGGAUGUGUCCAAGAGCCUCAAGGGCGUGGCAGAAAUGACGGCCGCUGUGCAGCUGUAUUACCCCUUGCCGAACAAGACGGACCCAGUUGCCAACUUCAGCGCGUGGUGCCACGCGACGCAGCUGUUCCAGGCCGACUUCUACCAAAGCCAGAUCCAGUUCUACCGGCGCGGAAGCGGAGGCAAGGAGCGGCAGCGAGGCACCCUGUUUUGGCAGCUGAAUGACGUUUGGCAGGCACCGACGUGGGCGGCGCUCGAGUACGGAGGGCGCUGGAAAGUGCUUCCGUACUACAUCCGGCGCGGCUACCAAAAUGUGGUCGUUUCGACUUCCUGGGACAGCGCGUCAAAGAAGCUCCAAGUAUGGGUUGCUUCCGAUUUGUGGCACGCCGUCGCCGGGGAAGUCACCAUGACGUGGAUCGAUCUGCAAGGCAGGCCGCUGAAGGGCAAUCUGGGCUUUCCAAAAACUCUCAAUUUUACUGUUGAUGCUAUUAGCAGUACCAAAGUGUACCAUGCUACUUUGCGAGGGUGCGGUUUUGGUGACCUUGGCAAUGCGUUGCUUUUAUUGACGGUUGAGGCCCAUGGGACGCUACCAAAUGCGCGUCUUGUCCGUAACCUCACACACGAGGUUUCGUUUCUUCCAGGCUCUCCAAAAGGAGCAAAUAUAACAGACCCUGGCCUGCACCUCACGUACGAUGAGGCUACGAGCAAAUUUACCGUGGAGGCGACCAAGAGUGUGUCACUGUACACCUGGCUUACACACCCUGCCGAUAUGGUGGGAUUCUUUGACGAUAAUGCGUUUGUACUGUUACCGGGACAGAAGAGGGAAAUUGGAUUCACGCUGCAACAAGAUCAGACGAAUGGCAGCUGGGUGCACAAUGUCACAGUAAACAGCUUGUGGGAUCUCAACCACGAGUAG